AGCUGAUAAUUUGAACAAUCACUGCCUAGUGCGGUAGUGCCUUCACUUAGGGCUUUCACAGCUUCACUCCCAAGUCCCAAUUCCCAAAUCGAAGCUGCUCUCCGCCGCACUCUACGUCUCUCCUGUCUCCAUCUCAGUCCUCAUUCGACCGAAUUUCUCACUUCACCAGUUCAUCCCUGCCGUGCUGGUUCAUCGCUGCUGAGUGCCAAAGCCGAAGCACCAAUCACUGCUCAUCUCUGGCUCGCUUAGGUAGAAUAACCGAAUUCAUCGAAUUCAGUGCACCGAAUUACCGAAUUUGCACCGAAUGUACACCCCUAAUUUGUACUAAUAUGUACUCAAACAAAAGAGAAAACAAAAAAAAGAAAUGCGAAAAGGACAAGGCCAGAAAUUGUUGGCAGGGGAAGAGUCGCUGACUCCCUGAAGAUUGGAGAGAAAAGGGGAAAAAGAAAAUUAAAGAGCAUCAUUUUUCGAGCUCGUCGUUGGUGUUCUCUUGGCUUCACUCCUCUGCCCACAUCUUUCUUCUCAAAAACCCAACAAAAUCCGGAAUUUUAAUUUGACAAAAUUGUGCAGAAUGGCGUCGACAAUGAAAAAUCUGAAAAUAAAGACUUCAACAUGCAAGCGCAUAGUCAAAGAGCUCCAUUCCUAUGAGAAAGAGGUCGAGAGAGAGGCUGCCAAGGUUGCAGACAUGAAGGACAAAGGAGCUGAUCCAUAUGAUAUCAAACAGCAGGAAAAUGUGCUUGCUGAAUCUAGGAUGAUGAUUCCUGAUUGCCACAAGCGUCUAGAAGCUGCCUUGGCUGACCUGAAAAAUAUUCUGCUUGAGUUGGAAGAGUCAAACGAAAAACAUGGAGCAGAAGUUGAAGAAGCAGAAAAAGUGAUAGCAGAGGUUGAACAGUUGUUUCAAGCAGGCAACUAGUGUCUAGGCUUUUCCUGAAACUGUUUUGGGUCAGUUAAGUCUUACUUGAAUUUGUAUGAAUACGGAAUACCUAUCCACACUUGCAGCUAAUAUCUGAUCCAGCUCUAUUGGGAUAUCAAGUUUCCCUUCUUGUGUUUGGGAUAAAUGAUUAUCUGUUCAUCAUUUAGUAAAAUAUUUUUGUAUUUAAUUUUACUUUCUGUUUUUCAGCGAAGGUUUUCUUUGUAUGCUCAGGAUCUGUUAAUUGGUCUGUGAAUCAGACCUCAGCUUGCAUCUUUUGGAAUUAUUGAUUAGCUGCAAGUUGUAUGUAAUGAUUAGUCUUUGAAAGGUGAAACCAUUGAUGCAACUUGAGAGUUCAGGAUAAUUUGUCAAU